CAUAUCGACUAUGUAGCAGAGCAAUAGCAACACAGCCACAGAGAUAGCAGAUAGACAUACAUUGUGUGGAGGCACGAUUUCGACUAUACGAAACCAACUAUCACAUAACCAAAGCAAUAGCGCACACAGCGCAGCACCACUGUGAAUAAGCGGAACCACAUAAAAUUUCGCACAAACAAUGUGCUUUUUAUGUCGCGCAUACUACUAGUGAUGCCAAUUACGAGUUUUAUCUUCAUUUGAGUUUGGUUCGUUGAGCAGUGCAAAGCUUCUUCCAUUCAGUUCCAUUGAAUUAAAAAAUUAUUUUUCCCUAAUGUCAAGCAUGGCAAACGAUCAACAGAAUCACAUUGUUGAGAAUAAUGGUGAUGCGGCCAAUAUUCAAGAUGGUCUCUCAGCUGCUGAAUUGUUCGCCAAUCGUGAUGGUUUAACAUACAAUGACUUCAUUAUUUUACCUGGUUACAUUGAUUUCACCGCCGAUGAUGUGGAUCUCACGUCGCCGUUGACCAAGCAAAUUUCGGUGCGAGCACCGUUGGUGUCAUCGCCCAUGGACACAGUCACCGAAUCGGAUAUGGCCAUUGCAAUGGCAUUGUGCGGCGGAAUUGGUAUUAUUCAUCACAAUUGUACACCGGAAUAUCAGGCGACCGAAGUAUCGAAGGUUAAAAAGUACAAGCAUGGAUUCAUACGCGAUCCCGUUGUAAUGGGACCAACGAAUCGUGUGGCUGAUGUGCUCGAGGCAAAAAAGAAGAACGGUUUUACCGGCAUUCCAAUUACAGAAAAUGGUAAAUUAGGUGGUCGAUUGGUUGGCAUUGUAACAUCACGCGAUAUCGACUUUCGCGAACACGAUGGCCAAUUGUUAUUGUCAGAGGUCAUGACAAAAGUAGACGAUAUGAUUACCGCACCAAAUGGCGUUACAUUACAGGAAGCGAAUCGAAUUUUGGAAACCAGUAAAAAGGGUAAACUGCCAAUCGUCAAUGAUGCCGGUGAAUUGGUGGCAUUGAUUGCUCGGACCGAUUUGAAAAAGGCCCGUAGCUAUCCAAAUGCAUCAAAGGAUAGUAAUAAGCAAUUGUUAGUCGGUGCAGCCAUCGGCACCCGAUUGGAAGAUCGUGCCCGUUUGGUGCACUUGGUACAUGCCGGUGUCGAUGUUGUUGUAUUGGACUCAUCACAGGGUAACUCAGUCUAUCAAUUGGACAUGAUUAAGUUCAUCAAGAGCACAUAUCCAACAUUGCAAGUCAUUGCUGGUAAUGUGGUAACCAGAAAACAAGCCAAAAACCUUAUCGAUGCUGGUGCUGAUGCUCUACGUGUUGGCAUGGGCAGCGGAUCAAUUUGUAUCACACAGGAAGUAAUGGCUUGUGGAUGCCCACAAGCUACUGCCGUUUAUCAAGUUAGUUCAUAUGCUCGCCAAUUUGGUGUUCCAAUCAUCGCUGACGGUGGUAUCAGUUCCAUUGGUCAAAUUGUUAAGGCUUUGGCACUUGGCGCUUCAACGGUUAUGAUGGGCUCUUUGUUGGCUGGCACCAGCGAAGCCCCAGGUGAAUACUUCUUCUCAGACGGUGUUCGAUUGAAGAAAUACCGUGGCAUGGGUAGUUUGGAGGCGAUGGAACGCAAAGAUGCCAAAGGUGCUGCCAUGAGCCGAUACUUCCAUACAGAAAUUGAUAAACUUCACGUGGCUCAAGGGGUUAGCGGUAGCAUCGUUGACAAAGGUUCAGUACUUCAAUUUUUGCCAUAUUUAAAAUGCGGUUUGCAACACAGUUGCCAAGACAUUGGUGCACGUUCAGUGUCAGCUCUCAGAAAUAUGAUUUACAGCGGCGAAUUACGUUUCAUGAAGCGUACACAUUCAGCGCAGCUUGAGGGCAAUGUACAUGGACUAUUUUCGUAUGAGAAACGUCUUUUCUGAUUACCAAAGGGAACCAACCAACACAUCGCCAUUGGUUCAUCGAUUUCCAACUCAAAACCAGCACAUAUAUAUAAAUAAAAACAUUUAUAUUUUUUAUCACUUUUUAAUUGUACUUAUAUGAAUAAAUGAAGAGACAAAUUCCAAAAUGAACAAUAACUAUAAAAAAAAAAGAAUGAAACGAUAUCUCAGUCACUGUGUGUGUGUGUGAGAGAAGAUGACGGUGUUGUUUUUCGUCAUGUGACACAUGAUUUCGGCAUCGAUUAAUGAGUCAUUUGCAAUCAGAUGACAACUUCUUCUUGGAAAUAAACGUUGCGAUGACGGAUUCGGAUCCAAAACCACGAAUUUUUAUUAUUUUUUCACUUUUGUUAAUAAUAAACUGACGUGGUGGAUUAAACUAAUGAGACUUUAAAAUCAAAGCAUACGAAAAUAAUCGAUUUAAAUCGUUCAAGUGAUGAAUUAAGAGCAAUUCAUAGAAGAAAGUUGAUCGCGAUACAAUUAGAGUAAGAAGCUUUUUUCAUGGAAAUUUUUUCUUCAAAUAUGCAAUUGCAUCUUGAUUAUUUUUACUUUUCUUUGCUUUUUUGAAAAAUUCUAUCAUUUCAGAAACAUUGUCACUCUUCCAUACACAAUUUCUGUUUAACACAAAUUCGGUUAAGAAAAGUAAUUUUUAAAACGUUGUUUUCAAAUCUAACUCGAUUCUUUCAUUAUUCCGUAGAAACUCAAAGGAUAUUAUUUCUUAGAAAUGUUUUUUUUUUUUUUUUCAUUAUGUUAGAAAUGUUGUUGAAAAUGAUCAAUGUUUGUAGUUUUUCGAAUUUUCUAAAUUAUUUUGCCAUUUGGUCUAAAAAAAAAUUGAUUGUAAUUGUUGACAACUAAAGAAAAAUUAUGGAAAUCAAAAAUCGCACAAUGGAAAAAAUGUUCAUUGAAAAAUAUGAAAAGGAAAAAUAAAACCAAAGAACUGUAUAAAA